CACAUAUGUAACGAUUCAUAACUAAAUCGCAUCUUGGCGUGCCAGAAUUCUAAGAAGAUACGUUUUAUUAUACAUAUAAAAACAUUGUUAUAGAAUUUAUAAAUCUAUAAGAUACAAAAUGAGGGAAUCCGCUCAUGACAUAAGUCUUGAUACUUGGAAGCAGUGGAUUUUGGAAGCGAUUUCAAAAAUACGUUCCCAAAAACAAAGGCCAAGCGUACAACGCAUUUGCCAAGCGAUUGGAAGUCAUCACAAAUUUCAUGAAGAUAUCGUGGCAGAGAAAUUAGAAGAAGCGGUUGAGUCGGGUGCCGUAAUUAAAGUAUAUAACAAAGGACUACAUUCCUAUAAAGCGCCUAUGGCAAAGAGGCGGAUUAAAAUAGAAAAAAAUAGCAAUUUGUGUAAAAUAGUUGCAAAAGCAGUGCAUGAUUUAGGUGAAUGCGAGGGAUCAACAAUAAAAACAAUUGAAAAUUAUAUACAAAAGUUUAAUAACAUAGAUCUUGGUCCCGACGUUGAUUUUCGUGCUAUUAUAAAAAGUUCUAUUAGAAAAGCAGUGGAUGCUGGAUUUCUUGUACAGGAAGGAAAAUUAUACAAAAAGGGGCGAUCACUAACUACACCACGAAAGUCGUCAUCCACAUUGGAGGUGACCGUGACUACUGUAAGUAUAGUUUAG